UUGUUGUUGUUGUUGUUGUUGUUGUAUUGCGCCUCUUCUUCUUUCCAUUCGCUUCCUCCUCCUCCUCCUCCAACAGACACGCCCGUUUGUGUUUUGUCCAUCUUUAUAAUAUUCCGAGUUUUCUUUUUUCUCUGAAUUGAUUUGUCUGCUCUGCGGAACAAAAAGAGUACUCCCUUUUGCGUUGUCUCCUCAUCGGAUCAGGGCGGCAGUCUCAGCAUUUUCCGGGAAACUCAUCAGUGCCCGUGCCUUCUCUGGGCUGGCUCGAUCAGAUCUAGCCGUUUCACGGCGGAAUGAAAUUCCCGAUCCAGGUCCACAUCCCGUCCCUCAAGCUUUGUGACAUCAAGAUGUUUGACAUUUGCUCAGGCGGCAGUGGGUAACUAAAUAUAGUAAAGGCCAUUGAGGUUAGAGAUCAAUCAACACACGCAUAUGGAAUGGAACAAGGAUGAGGCACUCAAGGCGAAGGAAAUCGCAGAGAAGAAGAUCGUGGAAAUGGACAUGAAUGGAGCCCUAAGAUUUGCUGUAAAGGCCCAGAACAUGGAUCCUACUCUUGAUGGCCUUCCUCAGUUGCUGGCAACUCUAAAUAUAUAUGUCUCUGCUGAGAAUAAAAUCAAUGGUGAAGUUGAUUGGUAUAGGGUGCUUGGUGUACAGCCCUCAGCCGAUGAUGAGACAAUUCGGAAAAGUUAUAGGAAGCUUGCCCUUAUUCUUCACCCAGACAAAAAUAAAGCAAUUGGUUCAGAUGGAGCGUUCAAAAUACUAUCUGAAGCCUGGAGCGUGCUUUCUGAUAAGAUCAAGAGAAUAUCACAUGAUCAGAGGCGGAACUGGGGGACUAUAUGCAAGAAAACUCCGAAUGGAAGUUUUCCGAUGUCACAUGAACAUGAUCGCUUUUAUCAUCCUGGUCCAAGUAGCCAAAAGUUCAGUCCAAGGGUCUCUGUGGGAGCUUCUCAUCUCAGUAGUGUAUCAGCUCAUACUACUACACCACCAUAUAAGCCCACAUUUUGGACUGCCUGCAAUGCUUGCAAAGUGCAGUUUGAGUUCAUGACUCGAUAUGUGAAUCGCCAUCUUCGAUGUCCCAACUGUCAUCAGUCCUUCAUGGCUGUUGAGAUUCUGCCCCCACCAAUAAAUGGGAAUGGUUUGUUUUCCUCACAGGCUUCAUCUAUUCUGCAGCGGAAUCCCAGUAAAAUGAAGCUUUCUGGUAAAGCAGAUUCAAUGGGCUUUUGUUAUAGCAACUUACCAGGCAAGUCAACUCCUUCUUAUGGUGUUUUGCCAAAACUUGGGAGUGUUAGAACAUCCCCUUCACCAGCAUUAUCUACUGCAGGUUUCCAAUCAAACUUUGGGUUGGAGCACACCCAGAGGACGCACUUUUCUAUGAAGGCUAAUGGUGGUGUAAGGGGCAUGUCAUCUAAUGCCAGUUUCAGUUCUAAACUGGACGCUGGGGGGCCUAGGAAAAAGAGACGCCCACUCGAACCAGGGGCUAAUUGUAGGGAGAGAGAAGAUACCGGAAGCCGCAUUGUGACAGCAAUAGGAGGAGGUGGUUCGAUGAUGGAAACUGGAGGUGGAGCAAGUCGGCCAAACAGUACAAGGGAGCUGUCACAGCUAGAAACUCGAAGCUUAUUAAUGCAGAAGGCCAGGACAGAAAUCCAGAAGAGACUUAGUGAAUGGAGUAUGAUGAAACACGUUGCAGGCAAAUCAUCUUUUUCAACAAAGAAGGUCAAGGAGCAUCAGAAAGAAAUGAAAAAUUCAACUUCUAAUGGGGUGCAAGAUGGUGCCAGCAGAUUGAGACAGCACAUGGACAUGAAGGAAGCCUAUCAAACUGAGAAGCCUUCUUGUGCUACUUCAACAGUUGAUAUGGAGGUAGACUGUUCUGCCAAUUCAAUGAGCGUCCCAGAUCCAGAUUUUUAUGAUUUUGACAAGAAUCGUGUAGAGUCAUCGUUCGGUGAUAACCAAAUUUGGGCCAUUUAUGAUGAUGACGACGGGAUGCCGCGCUACUAUGCUUUUGUUCACAAUUUGAUAUCUGCAAAGCCAUUUAAAAUGCGGAUUAGUUGGCUCAGUUCCAAAAGCAACCUGGAGUUCAGUCCUGUGAAGUGGGUAGCAUCUGGUUUUCCCAAGACGUGUGGGAACUUGCGCAUUGGGAAGUCUGAAGUCUAUGAUUCUCUCUAUUCUUUCUCACACAGGGUGAAGUGGACCAAAGGACCCAGAGGCAUAAUUCAGAUUUAUCCCAUCAAAGGUGAUGUUUGGGCUCUCUAUAGGAACUGGUCUGCUGAUUGGAAUGAGUUCACGUCAGAUGAGAUCAUACACAGCUAUGACAUGGUCGAAGUCCUUGAAGAUUACCGUGAGGAUUGUGGUGUGACUGUUGCUCCCCUGGUCAAAGUUCCUGGCUUCAGGGCUGUAUUUCAGAAGCAUUUGGAUCCAACUAAAGUUCGGAAAAUUCCAAGGGAGGAAAUGUUCCGCUUCUCGCAUCAAAUCCCUUCUCACAAGCUUUCAGGUCAGGAAGCCACCCAUGCUCCUAAGGGAUGUUGGGAGCUUGAUCCUGCAUCCACUCCUCUGGAACUUCUUCAAGUAGUAACUGAAUGCAGCAAGGAAGAAGAUCUGUUGGUUGGUCCUAGAAUGCCCACGGGAGAAGUUAGGGGUAAUGGCAAUAUUACUGCGGGAAAUAUUUCAAAAAAGGAUGUUGAAAACAAUGUAUCGGAAGCAGCACUAAAGGCAGGGGGAAAGGUACAAGGAAAGAAGCUUUUGGUGUAUCAACGAAGACGUAGAGGAAGAAAGCAAAAUGUCCGGUGCUGACAGUCACCAUCUACUCCGCCACAUGUAUCCCCCGUUUUGCAGAACAGUUUAUGGGCUUCCAUUGCAGAGCUGAUGGAGAGUCCAAAUGUAGAGAAAGCAUUGGCCACAUCAUGGACAAGGUUUUCUCCACCUGGAUUGCACUUUGUUUUGUUCUGCUGGUAUGUCAAAACACAUGCUAUGACAACAUCAGGCAAGUGUGGAAAAAUCCAUCUGAGUUUCCCAUGAGCAUCUUGCUUUUGUCGUUUGCUGUACUAUUAUGGUAUUCACUAUUCCUUAAUUUCGUUAUAAUUAUAAAGAUACGAUUGUUGAAAAUGUAGAUUCACCAGAGCCAACGCAAGCUUGUUCUACUUUCAGAUUAGGUAAUGGCUCAAGCAAGAGAAAAUUCAAAAGUUGGAGGGAAAAUAUUUCAAAUGCCUUAUCAAAACCUUGAAGUCAUUGUGAUUUAUACUUUCCAUUUAAAAAAUGCCUAUAUUUACAAUUCAAUAAAUUGAGGUGUUAUAUAUUCAAGGAUGCAUAGACGGAUUGUUUAAACUUUGCAAAUAACAUCACAAAUUUUAGAGACUGAAGAAAAGAUACUUUUUACUAUAUCUUCUAUUCAAAUACUGAUACAAUAAGGAAUUUAAAUUUUACUAGUCUUUUGAGCAAAAGCUAGUUUAUUCAAUUAUAAUGCACAAAUAAAGAAAAAUAGGAUUUGGGAUGUUUCCAGGCUUUUACAUUUAAUUGGCUCUUUGUUAUCCCGUCAGUUUGGUUCAUCUCUUUCACAAAAUUUUCUAUAUCCUCUUCUAUACCGGUUCACACACCUUGGUGCUCCUACUUAUACAUUUGAACCCUCUUAUCGAUUGGGGAAAAAAAAAAAGAGGAAGAAGAAAGAAAGAAGGAUUCUAACCUACCAUGUUUGGACACAUUGCCCAGAUUUAGCUGUCACUGGGGCUUUAAAUAGGUGAUGAAAGGAGAGGUUAUAGCUUCAAAGAAUUUAGGUGAAAGGGGGAUCUUGUGUUGUAUUUCACACAAAAAAUAUUUGGUGCUUCUCAUACAAUGUUCUUGUUAUUUGGUUUGCAUUCUGAUUUACAGAACUACAUUCUUUUGCGGGCUGCUUUUCUUGUAGAAGGUCAUCUCAGAGCUGUCUGACAUACUAGGUGUGAUUUCUUUGAUUGACUGAAAACUGCACUGCAUUGGAAGUGGAAAAAGCCAUCCCUGGAAUUUGAUCAUGCAAAUGUACAAGGACGAGAGGCGCAUAGGGCUAAGGAAAUCGCAGAAGAAAAGAUUUUGGAGAAGGAAAUUGAUGCGGCGAAAGCAUAUGCCAUGAAGGCCCAAAGCCUGAAUCCCAUGCUCGAGGGACUUCCUCAGUUGAUGGCAGCCGUUUAGACAUUUACGUUGCCGCUCAGAAAACAAUGCUAGGUGUAGAUCCCAGAGCGGAUGAUGAGAAACUGAGGAAAAGUUAUAGGAGGGAGGCUCGUUCAUCUUCUGCAUUCUGAUGAGAACCGAAAAGCAUGUACUGAAGGGGCCUUCAAGAUCCUAUCUGAAGCUUGGAGUUAGAGCCAUCUAUCCUAUAAACCCAACAAGAGAAUUGCCUUACAACCAAAGGCGAAAUAAUAUAUUGUUACAUCAGGAUUUUCUUAACGGUCAUUCUACUGGUUCCUAUGAGCUCAAUUUAAGCAGGUUCAACAUAAGGCCUUUGGGAUUGGAUGAUUACUGGUUCAGCUCCAGCAACAGCACCACCACCAUCUAUCAAGAACUCCUUUUGCUUGGACCACCCGUAAUGCCUGCAGGACAGGGUUUGAAUUUGCAAUCAGGCAUCGGAGCCGCGAAACUCCAUUGCCCCCAUUGCCAUAAAAUACAUUCUUCGGUGUUGAGAAUCAACCUCCACCCGCCCCAUGCAAGGACAGGCUACUGAAAUUUGGUGGUCUCGAAAGUUCCCCGGCUUCUUCGUCGUCCAUUGCAAGAACCAGAGGGGCCUUUGGUGUUGGUGAAAGAUGUUCUUCACCAGCAAUGUCACCAAGGAUUACCUACUCAAUAGAGGCCCUCCAGAGGACCCACAUUUCAGAAAAAAAGUUCAUGGUGGGGCGGCGGGCAUGUCAUCCGGGUUCAAUAUUGUACUGGAAGCUGGGAGGCCUAAGGGAGGGAGCAAAGCAGGAGGUUUGGUCAGUCCAGUGGCGGUGGGAGGAACUAGAAGCUCUGCCAUGCAUAGCACAUAUGCUUCCCAGAAGGCCUUGAAGAAGACCAGAAAGGGGGAGAUAUGUCGCACGGGGGGGGGGGGGGGGGGGGGGGGGCGGCUCCGCACUAUAAGGGAUCUGGGACUGAGAGAAACUCGAAAGAUGCUGUCGCAGAGGGCGAAGGUGGAAAUCCGGAAGCAGCUUUCUCUGGGGAGCAUGGUUGUUAACAAGUUGAAUCCUUCAGAGAGGAUGGUGGAGGAGAAAUAUACAGAAGAUCAUGCCACAAAGUUCGAUCAUGCAGAAGAUGAUGCUGAUGGGAAGCAUGACGAGCAUGCUGCGAUCAAGUCUUGCGUUGGCGCGCGACAAAGAAGGUAGGAUAAGGAACGAGGGAAUUUUAUGUCUACGGGGCGCAAGCGUAAAAGAGAAGAUGAAGGUGGCCGCUGCCAAGGAAUCCGCUAGCGCUGCAUCAUCGCUUUCUUAGAUCUGUUAGGGUGCGUUUUUUUUUUUUAAAAAUUUUCAAUUCAACUCAAUUCCACUUAUCUUUAAUUCAACAACACAGUCAUUACGUA